CGUGCCUGACGUCGCAAUGCCAGAUUUUGGCCUAUCGCGCUGUAAGUAAUAACCCCCCAAAUACAGAAUCUCUAGAAUUACCCGCAACUUUCAAGUACGCGCUCUCAGCGACGUCAUGCCGGACAAAACGACUGGCUGGCGUAAGAAGAUACACGCCCGCCCGAAGGAGCUGAAGCUCGCCGAGGAUGAGUCUGCGCCCGUCGAAGACUCCGGUGACCGUCGACGUCGCCACUCUGACAAGAGUGGCUGGCGUUUAGGAAGUCGACCGGCCACGCCCACCAUCGUCACCACGCCUACUUUUCUGCAGAAUGACACCGAAGACGCCCGGAGCGAGGCAAACUCUGAAGCUACCACGCCGCGUCGGGUAACAAAGCCCAAGCUUGCACGUUACCUCUCCGGCUACCGCUCCCUGAAGGAUGCAUCUAAGGAAGUGGAGUUCGGAGAGCCCUGGGGCGAUGUAGCUCCGCCACUGGUGCCGUUGGUCGAUCCGCUGGUGGCAUUGCAGUCUGUGUAUACACACAUGAACACUCUUCCGAGCCGGCCCAUCCCUGUUGACCAUUAUAGUGGCCUCUUUAGGAUUUUCGAAGACUAUCGGAAAGUGCGGGAGGAGAAAGAGCGAUUGGAUGCUCUGCAGCAAGAGACAAUGGAGGGUUUCAGGCAGGCGGAGGACUCUUGGGCAGAUGCUGAGGGUCGCUUUCAAGCUGAGAUACGUCGCCUCGAACUUCUCAUUGCAAACAGCGCGUCUGGGAUGGCCGGGCUUAUGAAUGCGAGGCAGGGUAGCGUCGUGGAUCGACGACGGACAGUCCGAAAGACGGUGACAAGCGAUCGACCCGGCACUAUUCCUAGGUAUAUGUCCCCAGAGCAGCUGGAUGAGCAGAUUCGAUUACGAAGCCAGAAAGUCCUUCUCCAUCGUCCAUCCUCGCCGUCCGGUAAGAUGGCCGCUCUGUCCAGACAGCUUUCCAGCACCGGCUCCGAGGACCUCCCUGUAGGGACUCCACCCAACGAGGACCACAAUAUGACCCUCACGAGGAAGGUGAAGAGCGAGCUGGACCUAGCUAAGCUUGGGGAACCCGCGGUUUCGAACUCACACUCUCUCGAAUCUGAAUUUUCCCUGAAGGGAGAUUCACUGCCGGAUGAAAUGGCCCCCCUUCCAGCUUCUCUGGACCCUGCCAUCGAUUGUGAGGCCCUCGUCGCUCUUCAAGAACUAGGUAUACUUGUUGCGCGUAAGAAGGGGAUUAAUACGGAUAAUUUUCUCAACGGCCUCAUGCAGCUCUUCACAACCCAGACCAAUCAGAACGGAGGCAUUGAUGAAGAGCGAGUCCAAAAGGGAGAGGAUACCGCUUCGCUUGAACAGUCCAGCGAUGAGUAUGAGGCGGAGUCGCUGGUCUUGACACCAAACCGUCGCCUGCGACAAAUCCGGUCGCAGCCGCUGCUGGGUUCAGAACAGCGGCGCCGACGACACUUCUCCUUUGAGCCUGGAGAUGACCAACUCGCAACCCUGGAGGAGGGCUUGAAGUCAUAUGAGCUGGGAGAGGACACUGGAACGGACUCACAAACAGUGCAGUCGGUCGCAGCCCGUGCUCUAGCACUUGAUUUAGAGUCGGAUGACUCUCGAACCCCACCACAGUCUCUGCACGUCGACCUCCAGAAGCCCUCUAAGAUUCCCAGCCCGGUCUCGCGGCCUGGGUAUGGAAGCGUUCGUAGAGGGGACUCCACUUCGAGCCUUCAGACUGUCUACGCUAGGCAAUAUCCGGAGGAACGAAGGAAUUCCAGGUCGAGCGUCAUCACUGCAUAUCGUGAGAAUUCCACAGGUACUCUGCGGCCUGUCCCGAACAGCAGGAGCAGCUCCGUGGGCAAUCUUCGUCACGAGGAAAGCCAACAAGCAGACCAGUCCGGAAGCCCCCCGGUACGAAGCGACGUCGCCGCCGUAGCUGCAUCACUGAUCCGGCCAGAGAAGGGCACCAAGGACAAUCCGUCUGCGGGCUCGUCGAUCCACACAAUCCGCACCGGAAAGGUCAAGCCCGAGAACGAGUCCCCGCAAUGACUGCGACAUAUCGGGAGGCUGUGAAUUGCUUCAGAAAGAUAUGUCCCGAUUCCUGCUGUGAUGACACAUAGAAGGAAAGUCAAAGUCGGUCGACGGUGUGGGCUUCACGUUCUUGGUUGAGGACAUCCUAAUAUUUACCUAGUCCCAGACGCAACCAUGGAACGACAACGCCGAGCGCUAUAUCGCCUACCAUGCCUCCGGUGGCUCCCUUUUGCUCGACUCUUUUUCACUCCAUUCUCACCGAUCUCUGUAGUUGUUAUUGCAAGGGGUCGACACUAUAUUUCUGGGGAAGGUUUGAUGGCGAAUAGAACUUGGGGGAAGGCGACGUUGGUCUAAUUUCGUUGCGCGAAAGGUGCAGGAUGCCCCGGG